AUGGCGAGCGCGGCACGGGGAGAGAGCAGCAAUUCAUACGGCGGAUUGGGAAUCGGGGGGAAGUUCCGGAAGCCGACGGCUCGGAGGUCUCAGAAAACUCCGUAUGAUCGACCACCGACUUCUGUGAGGAACUCUGGACCUGGGGGCGGAGAAGACAAAGGUGGCGGCUGGUUGUCGAAAUUGGUGGAUCCGGCACAGAGGCUUAUUAAUUACAGCGCUCAUAAGCUCUUCGCGUCGGUUUUCCGCAAACGCCUCGUCUCAGGUGAGACGCCCUUACAGUCGCCAGAGCAGCAGCAGCUUCCAGAAAGAGAUGUGGUUCAGGAGACGAAGGUAGGACACACGGAGGCCAACUCUGCCUUGUCCAUGAAGAAUGACUUGAUUCGGACUGAACACGUGAAUGCAUCCGCCAAUCCAACCAAGGAUGGAUUCACAGAUCUUGAGAAAAUUUUGAAGGAGAAAACUUUUACAAGAUCUGAAGUCGAUCGACUUACAAACUUGCUGCGCUCGAAAGCUGCUGAUUCAUCCACUAUAAAUGGGGAGCAGAGAAAUGAUGUGAGUAUUGUGAGGCAUCCGCUAUCUCAUGAGAGGGAUAGGGUGCAUCCAGAUAAUGGAAGUAUGAGCGCCCUUGUUACGAAACCUCUUGGAAGUUCGAGGGCUCUCGAGGAGUGCAUUGCUUCGCCAGCACAGCUUGCAAAAGCCUACAUGGGUAGCAGGCCUUCAGAAGUUACUCCUUCUAUGCUGGGGUUGCGCGGUCAAGGGGUUAGGGAAGAUUCUGUUUUUCUGAACAGAACCCCUUUUUCGUCCAAGUCGCCUACAAUGUCACUGGUGCCAAAGCCUUCUGGGCAGAGACCUUUGGAAAAUGGUUUUGCCACCCCUAGAUCUCGGGGAAGAUCUGCUGUUUAUAGCAUGGCCAGAACACCAUACUCUAGGCCUCAGUCCACUGUGAAGAUUGGGUCUCUGUUUCAGGCAUCUCCAAGCACAUGGGAAGAAAGCUUGUCUUCUGGUUCCAGACAAGGGUUUCAAUCGGGUCUCAAACGGAGGAGCUCAGUCUUAGAUAAUGAUAUAGGAUCUGUGGGCCCUGUAAGGAGGAUUCGCCAGAAGUCUAACCUUUCAUCUAGAAGCUUGGCUCUGCCUGCCUCAGAAAGCCCACUUUCUGUUCGUGCCAGUGGUGGACAAAACAUUACACAUACAUCUAAAGAUAAUGCGGAGAAUCUUCCUCGUUCAAGUUUUAUGCUUACCCCUUCCCAGUCCAGGGAGACGGCUUCAAAAAUAUUCCAGGAAAUUGAUAAAAUGGGUUCAACAAAGGAGAAAUCACCAAGUAAAUUAUCACCAUCUAUGCUACGUGGCCCGGCUCUCAAUAGCCUCCAGAAUGUGCCGGAGGCAAGGUUCUUGGAAACUCUUCCUGAGAAGAAGGCUAAUUCCCCAGGUUCUAGUUACCAAAAGCAGGAAAAGUCUAGAGAGAGUGGCUCCAGAGAGGUUUUAACUCUGCGUGAAAAGACAAGUGGUGCUGCUGAUAACACAAGCAAAACUGGUUCCAGUCAAGAUCAUGAUACUCGUGGUAAAGGCGCUUAUAUGCCUCUCACGAGUUCUUUGGAAGAGCAUCCUCCAAAAAAGAGAGCAUUUCGGAUGAGUGCGGAUGAGGAUCUCAUGGAGUUCGAUGAUGAUCAUGGUGCGGCAUCUGCUCCAUUUCAAGUGGUAGAAAAACAGAAUGCCUUCAAAGUCGAGAAAGGUGUUGGUAUCAGCAUGCCUAAAGGGGAGAAAUCACUUGCUUCGUCUGUUGCCAUGCCCUCUACGUCGUAUAUUCCUAAUGGUAUUUCUAAUGGAUCUCUGGAAACCGGAGGAAGCCAAUUUUCUGCAAUCCCCAUUGAAGCUGUGCAGCAAAGUAAUAUGGCCUCUGAGCCAGCUUCAAAGUUGAUCCUAGGGGCUGAGAAAUCGAGCAUUUCUCCUGGCAAGCUAACCUCGGAAGAGAAAGUUCUCUCUCUGGAAGAGCCUAAAAAAGCCGCUGCUGUAUUUCCCAACAUCUUUUCACCACCUGUGGCCACUGGCUUAUUAAAUCAUAACGCUGAUGCAUCUGUAGACAUCAAGUUAGAAAAUACGAACAGCUCUACUUUUGGAGUAUCAGAGGCUUUGGCAAAGCCAACUGAUUCAAAGAAAAUUGUCUGCAACAGUGCUUCUGGAUCUGAGUCAACUGCCUUAGCUGCAUCAACCAUCAAUGGUAGUAUAUUCUCAAGUGGAGCGAACACUGUUAGUCAACCUCAGAAUAAUGGCUCUCUUGACUCAACCCCUUCGUUCCCACCUAGUGUAUUUGGAAAGUUGCCUGCUAAUACCAGUAACGACAGCAACCCCAGCAACGACUCACAAUCAACUUCAGCACCUCCCCUCUCUUCUUCAUCAGUUUUCAAGCUUGGGGAACCUGCUGCUCCAUUUUCUGCACCUAGCAGUCAUGUCAUAAAUGAGACUGAAGUAAAAAACUCAACAUCUGGAAAUGUAGCCAAUUUCAAGUUUGGUGGUAUGGCUUCAGCAGAUUCAAGCACUGGCAAUGUUUUUGCUGCUAAAUCCUCAGAAAUUAAAAGCGUGCCUUUUGUGUUUGGGAACGCAUCUCCUGCUGUGGCAGAUGCAGGUAAUAAUAUCUUAGGUGGGAGCACAUUGAAUCCUUCUGCUGCACCAUCUUCUGGACCUGGAAGCUCUGGAAGUUUAAUGUUUGGUGCGACAUCUUUCUCAGCCCCUGGGACAGAGGCGAGCAAACUUUCUGUGAGUUCCUCUCCUGCAUUUGCCAGCUCUGGUAGCAUGUUCGGAAGUUCAUCUGCAAACAGUGUUUUUGGAUUCAAUGCUGGUUCAUCAGCCUCUGCUGCCAGCUCUCAAUCUCAGGCCUCAAAUCUCUUUGGUGCUGUUACUGAGAACGCACCCACAACCACAACCCAAAGCAUGCCCUUUCAGUUUGGGUCAUCUGGACCUGCAACUUCGUUUGGUUUGUCUGGGAACACUUCUAUUGCAUCAAACAGUUUUACAUUCGGAUUAUCAAAGUCGGAACCUGCUGCUUUUACUACUAUCGCCCCAGCCCCUCAACUGAGUUCGACGAACUCCUCUUCAAGCUCCAGUGGUACGAGCUCUUCCCUAUUUGGGACAAGCUGGCAAGCUCCCAACUCUGCUCCAGCUCCAGGUUCUUCAUCUUCUACGUUUUCCUUUGGAGGAGGAUCUUCUGCUGCGACUGGUUCAAGCACUUUUGCUCCCAUGUUUGGUGCAUCUACCAUCGCGCCAUCAUCUGCACCCGUCUUUGGUUUCAGCUCAACCGGUCCUACCAUUCCUCAGCAGCCGGCAUUUGGUAGCUCAGCGACUCCAUCCCAGUCUCCGUUUGGCAACUCAACUUCCGGGUUUGCGUUUGGUGCAAGUGCCCAACCGACUAACACAAAUGGUUUCAACAAUAACAACCAGCAAGUGAGCAUGGAGGACAGUAUGGCAGAAGACACAGUCCAAGCUAAUAAAUCAUCCAUGGCACAGCCAAUGUUUGGACAACCACCUGUGUCGAUGCCUCAACCAGGCUUUGCCUUUGGCGGAGGAGUAGCAGCAACGCCGCCUCAACCAGGCUUUGUUGCCUUUGGCGGAGGAGGAGCAGCAACACCACCUCCACAAAUGGCUAACCCGUUCCAGUUUGGAGGCCAACCGAUGGGAAGCACACCACAAAACGCAGAAUUCCAAGGAGGAGGGAGCUUUUCACUAGGCAGCACUGGAGGUGGCGAUAAGUCAGGCCGCAAAUUCAUCAGGGUGAAGAAAAACAACAGAAAGAAGUAA